CACCCCUCUUGAGAAAGUACAGAAUGUUCACAAGAGCCGGUAAUGGUCCCCUAGGUGGAAGGGGGCGGUAACUCACAUUCAUGUAAUACAUAAAAGGUGAUCGACUCAGACUGGGCCAUGUCCGUACAGCUGUGAGCUGAUUCUGGACCACUGACAAUCAGAAAAGGAGCAUACAACAGCUUUAUUUAUCAAAAGGCAGGCGGUACAGAAAGAUGGCGGCUUCCCUACUGAGGAUAGGACGAGUGGGCUGUGUCAAGUGUUUGCAGGCUGAGAGCUGGAGUACUCUGAGCAGAGCACCCGCAACUGUAGCCUUUAGCACAAAAUCCGGGGGUUCCAGGAAAUCGUUGAAAAAGAAUUCAGACAAAAACCAGGCUAAAACAUACUUCGAUAUAGAGAAACUUGUCCAGCACAAACAAUAUCAGUUUCCCAAGAAUGAAGUUUGUCCAGCAACAGCCGCAGCAGCAGCAGUUGCAGCUAAACCAGCCACAGAGCCCAUGCCCUCUGGUGCUGCACCUGAGGCUUUAGCAACCACCUCUGCGGUAGAAGCUGCCGCCCCACUGGUUGAGGGCACUCCCACUGCUGAAGCUAUAUCCGACCCAGCUUCAGCAGCUGUAGCCACACCUGUUGCUGAAGCUGAAAUCGUAUCAGUGGUUGAGGCUGCCGCUAAAGCUGAAAUCAUAUCAGUGGUUGAGGCUGCCGCUGAAGCUGUUGUUGAAGCUGUACCACUGGCUGAAGCUGUUGCAGAGGCUGCUGCAUCUAUAGCUGAAACUGCUGCUGCUAUACCAGCUGAAGGUCCUGCUGAAGCCGCUGUCCCUGUCGCUGAAACUGCAGCUCCCAUUGCAGAAGCUCCUGUUGGAGCUACUGCAGCCACAGAGGCUGCAGCUGAAGCCCCUACUAUUGAAGCAGCACCAGCCCCUGAAUCUGCUCUGGCAAAACCUCCUGUCGGAGUGGACCCUGAAGCCACAGCUGCAGAGGCUGCACCUGCUGCUGAAGUUCCUAUCGAAGCCGCUCCUGAAGCCCCUGCAGCACCAGUUGUAGAGGCUGCCCCUGAAGUUGCCUCGGCCCUAGAGCCUGUCACUGGAGCUGCAACUGCCGAAUCAGCCCCAGAGCCUGUGGCCGAAGAUGCCCCUGUAGAUGCGGCCCCAGAGCCUGUGGCCGAAGAUGCCCCUGUAGAUGCGGCCCCAGAGCCUGUGGCCGAAGAUGCCCCUGUAGAUGCGGCCCCAGAGCCUGUGGCCGAAGAUGCCCCUGUAGAUGCGGCCCCAGAGCCUGUGGCCGAAGAUGCCCCUACCAAAGUAGCCGCUGAGAAAACAGCUGAAUUUUCUGACCCUGUAGAGAGCGCUGAGGAGCUGGUGAACCCUGCUCCAGGUGUAGCUGAACCUGCAAGAGAGGAACUGCAGACGGAUGCCCCAGCUGAACCAGUUGAACCAUCUGAGGCUCAUAUGGACCCCAUUCAGAAGCUCUUCCUGGAAUCCAUACGCAAUUACUCAGCAAAAAGCCAGGCUACUGGGGGGCUUGUCGAUGCAGAUUCAGAGUACGAGAAGGCUUUGGCAGAGGAGAUAGCAAAGCUUCAGAGACUCUAUGGUGGUGGAGACCUUGCAUCUUUCCCAGAGUUCAAAUUCACAGAACCCAAGUUGGAUGAGGUUUCCCAGAAGUGAACAUCAGCAUUCUGCAAAUAAUCCUUUCUACUGUCCCCUUCUCCAGUAUAUCUCUGCUUCAUAGUGGAACAUUAAGUCUGCUUACUGUCAAAGUUUCAGCAAAACCCAGUGUCUUGCUUUUCAUUUGAGAAUAAAGCUGUUUCAGUAGAUAUAUAUUUUAUGGAAAUGGAAACUAAAGCAUUAGAUGUACAUAUUUCCCUGACAAAGUGAACUCAGAGCUGUGACAUAAGGAAUGUGUAGAUUGAUCCAUGGCUGAGCUGAGUGUUAAGAAAAACAAUAAAUUCCAGUUCAUGUUUGUUGUA